AUGGCUGAAGAAGCGUCUACAAGUAAAACCAAGAAACGUAUACUAUCUGUACUCCAAACUACAUCUGAAGGCCAGGCACCACUGAAAAAAUCUAGACUAGUCCCUACCGGACCCAAGUACGAGGGUGAAGAGCUUAAACUGUCUUUCCACGGCAUCCUCUAUCAGCUUCACCUGCUGACGUUAUUCCUGAAGCGAGGCGUGGAUCGAGGAUACACCUUUAUUCUUGGCAGUGAGGCCCGCUUAAUAGCCAAGGUGAACAAGGGCGAAGAAAAGACCGGUCUGAUAGUAAGCGCCACCGACGGCAAGUCAUCGCGAUUCGUGCAUCGCACAUACGCUGAGUUCUUCGCAGCUCGCCGUUUGGCAAAUGAGACGUAUAGUGAACAC